AUGCCUCUCAAGCCCUGGCUGCUGUCAAGUUUGAUGGAGCAUCUUUCUGAGGAUUCACUGGACAAACUGAACAAUGAAGAUGGCCCCGGAGAAAUUACUUUUAUUUUUGUUAGCACCUACAACAAAAGCACGGAAAGCUAUCUAAGGAGGUUCCUUGAAGGAAGGCUCCAGAUCUCUUGCCAGCUUCAAGAGAUUGGUAUUGGUCUGAUGGGAUUCGGUUUAUUUUUCCUGCUCUUUGGUGUGCUGCUGUAUUUUGACUCUGUCUUGCUGGCCUUUGGGAAUAUUCUAUUUAUGGCUGGUUUGACGUUCAUCAUCGGCUUCAGGAGGACAGCCCACUUCUUCUUCCAAAGACAAAAGUUUCGGGGUUCUCUCUUCUUCCUUGGAGGCGUGUCCCUGGUGCUGUGCCGUUGGCCAAUCAUUGGAAUGCUGGUGGAGAGUUAUGGCUUUGUGCUUUUAUUCAGAUCCUUCUUUCCCAUGGUAUUGGGAUUUCUGCUGUCAGCUGUGAACAUACCUUUCCUCAACACGCUUUUACCCAGCAGCUCCUCCAUGGUCUGAUCAGAAGAACAUGUUGCAGCGGGGGAGGCAUGCCGGAUGUCCUUUGACUGACUGUAAAUCAGAUACUGGGUGGGCAGAGGGGGAUAACUGAUGAGUGAUUGCUCUAUUUCUGAAAUGUUGGCGUCAUUUAUUUUGCAGAUGACCAGUAAAAAUAAUUUAUUUUUAAAAUGUACUGUAUUUUUUACCAUAUAAGGUUACAAUUGAAAACCAAGAAGUC